AUGACCAAGAAGAGGAGGAACAAUGGGCGGACCAAGAAGGGCAGUGGUCACAUGCAGCCCAUCUGCUGCACCAACUGCGACUGCUGCAUGCCCAAGGACAAGGCCAUCAAGAAGUUCAUCAUCCGCAACAUCAUGGAAGCCAUGGCCAUUAGGGACAUCUCCAAGGUCAGUGUUUUCGACUCUAAUGUGCUCCCCAAACUGUAUGUAAAUCUGCAUUACUGUGUGAGCUGCUCGAUCCACAGCAAGGCAGUGAGGAAUCGGUCUCAUGAGGCACGAAAGGAUUGGACACCCCCACCCUGCUUCAGACCUGCUGGUGGUGCCCCCAGACCCCCUCCAAAGCCAAUGUAA